CUUAUAAAAGGCAUUACACUAAGCUAAAAUUAAGUAAAGUGCAGUCAAGUUUGUUGACAUAUUCCACAGAAACAUGAAGUUGCUCUUUCAAAAUCAAAAGCUUAUUUGCUAUCUUGCUACAAUACUAAUUAUCUCUCUACAUUAUGGUGAUGCUUUGAAUCUACCAAACAAUGAAACAGUCCCAGCACUGAUUGUGUUUGGUGACUCUGUAGUUGACUCAGGUAAUAACAACUACAUCAACACUAUUGUCAAGUGCAAUUUUGAACCUUAUGGUAGAGACUUUGGUGGAGGAAAUCAACCAACUGGGAGGUUCAGCAAUGGUUUAGUCCCUUCAGAUAUCAUUGCUUCAAAAUUUGGAGUCAAGAAAAUUUUGCCAGCUUAUCUUGAUCCAAAUCUACAACUUCAAGAUCUCUUAACUGGUGUAAGCUUUGCCUCCGGUGGCGCUGGAUAUGAUCCUCUAACUUCUAAACUAGCGUCUGUGAUAUCAUUAUCAGAGCAGUUGAACAUGUUCAAAGAAUACAAAAAUAAGAUAAAGAAAGCAGUUGGAGAAAAGAGAAUGGAAAUGAUAAUAACAAAGAGUGUAUACAUAGUGUGCAUAGGAAGUGAUGACAUUGCAAAUACUUAUGCUCAAUCACCAUUUAGGAGUGCAGAGUAUGAUAUUCCAUCAUACACAGAUUUAUUGGCUUCAUAUGCCUCAAAUUUCUUGCAGGAACUUUAUGGUUUAGGAGGUAGAAGGAUUGGAGUAAUUGGCAUGCCAAAUAUAGGGUGUGUGCCCUCACAGAGAACAAUUAGAGGAGGCAUUCAAAGAGGAUGUUCAGAUUUGGAAAACCAAGCAGCAACACUCUUCAACUCCAAACUAGUAUCUCAAAUUGAAGCCUUUCAACAUCAAUUUCUAGAGGCUAAGCUUGUCUACCUCGAUAUUUAUAAUCCAUUAAUGGAUAUAACUCAAAACCCUACUAAAUAUGGUUUUGAAGUAUCAGACAGAGGAUGUUGUGGAACAGGAAACAUAGAAGUAAGCGUACUAUGUAACCAUUACAGCUCAGACACAUGUUCAAAUCCUUCAAGCUAUGUAUUCUGGGACAGUUACCAUCCUACACAAGAGGCUUAUAAUGUGCUUUGUUCUAUGGUCAUUGAUGAUAAAAUUAAGGAUUUCUUCUAGAGCAUUUUCACUCUCAGUCUUGACUUAUACUCUAUUUGGUUCUGUUUUCUACAAUUUUGGCUUCUUGUUCACCAAUGCUCAUAUCUUUUAAUUUUUUUUAUUAGUGACAGUUUGAAGUAGGCCCAUGCUAUCAAAAUGGUAUAUACCUAAUAAAGCAUGUAAUACUAGAGUUAUAGGAAUUGACUUACUUCAUGGUCUUUCUUAUAUUGAUAAUAAUUGGCGAUUUGUAAUAAUGUAUAAGACUUGUAUAUUUGUAUCUUCAAUUUAUGAGUUUGGUGGUAUUUAA